AUGACUAUUGCACUUAAUGGCAUUCCACGCCACCGCGAACUCAGCUACAGUCGCAAUAGAAGAUCUUUAACAAUCCACUACGAUUAUAGUCUGGGCCACAUAGAAAGCGAGGGAGAGACCUUAGAGCCGCAGAAUAGAUUUCGCUACAAUUUUCCGAAUUUCGGAAUCAGACAUACCGUCAAUUAUGGUCCUCUUGACCAAGUUGAGAACCAGCAGCGUAUUACAGAUGUUGUUCGAGUUCUUAAAGGCUUUCGGUUGAGAACUCUAGAGAUUAGUUUGAGCCUCGAUACUGAAGACUUUAGCCAAAUCGCUUGUGCUGCUCCGUUUUUUCGACUUGCGUCAACGUCGCUAGCAGUGGAGCAUGAGAUACAAACGUGGUAG